AUGUUUUUUAUUACGACAGAUGUUCCAGUCAUUACAGUUAGCAGCCCUACAUAUACACAGAAUGAUGCUAUCAGAACAGUAACAUGUAAUCCUAGUGGUAACCCAGACAGUUAUAUUUAUCAUAAAUGGCAGCACAAGUCUAAGUAUGGAGAUCUUAUACGAGAGUUUGGUGGAAAUAAAACCUUGACAUUACCAGAUAUUACAGUGUUAUUAAGAUAUCAGGACAGUGGAGAAUACUGGUGUACAGCUAGUAAUGGUUUUGAGGACAAAAACAAUCAGUUUGAACAGACUGGUUAUGGAUUAGUUACUGUGAAAGCUCAGCCAGUGUUUACUUCAGACACCAUUGACAGAGUCAAACAGUUCGGUGAAAUCGAUAAAACAGUAGUUAUAUAUGUUGAUGUGUAUAGUGUUCCAAAAUUUACCAGUUCUAUAUGGACUCGGGAUGGAAAACCAAUAACAACACAAAAUUCAACAAAAUAUCAAUCAUCAAGUUCUCCGACUAUUGUUAAGGAUACAAUUUAUGGGAAGGAAAUACAACAAGAUGGUUAUAAUCUAACACUAACAAUACAUGACUUGAAAGCAGAGGACUUUGCUAAGUACACUGUAACACUUAAAAAUGGAUUUUCAGAUGUAAACUUUACUAUUGUAUUGGAAUCUGCCAGUGUACCAGAAACACCAGGAAAUUUUAGCCGAAUAGAUUCAGCAUCUACAAGUUUCACAGUUCAAUGGGAUCCAAAUUCAGGUGGUGGAUAUAAACAAACAUUUUACAUACAGUACAGAGUACAAGGAUCAUCAGAAUGGACCACUGUAUCAGCUGGUGAGGAAGAUAUCAAUGAACAAAGGAGACGUAGAACAUAUGAAGUAAGAAACUUAGAAGGAGGCACAGCCUAUGAACUAAGAAUGUUUGCUGAGAAUACAGCUAUGAAAAGAAGUAAUUUCACAGAUGUGCUUAUUGUCUUCACAGAAAGUUCAGUAUCUACGACAUCAAGUGCGGUUAUUGGUGCUGUAGUAGCUGUCGUUGUCACUUUAGUGAUUGUGUGCGCCUCUUUUAUAGUGAUACUGUUAAUCAAAAGGACUCAAGGGAAAGAUAAAAAGGAAAAAAAUGAUACAUACUAUGAAAACACUGGCUUCCAGGAUAUUCAGAAUGGAGAUGAGUACGAAGAAGUGGAAAAUAAAAUUGAUGUUGAGCAUACAUCAUCUAGUAAAACCUACGAAACACUUAGUACCAAAGACAAAAUUAGUGUUUAUGAUGAUUUAGAAAAUGCCAAAGAUGUAACAUCAUCAAAAUCCUCGAUUGGCGAUUACGAAGCACUAGGUGUCCAAGAUAAACCAAGCAUUUAUUCUGAAAUGAAAAAUCUGAAAGAACACAGACAACUUAGAAAACAACAAGCCGAUAAAAAACAAUUUAAGAAACCGAAUGAUCCUGGCGAAAACACUGAACUAAAUACAUCACAAGUGCCAACAGAAAAAGUCUAUGAAAAUGAAGUAUUUUGAUGCAGAUUAGGCAACCUACAACGUUUGUACUGAAAAGAAAACAAUUCAAAGAGAUACAUGAAUGUUUCGUCAACGCAUAUAUUUGUUUUAUUGUUGUGUAAUCUGUUAUUUUAGAAUAGUUUGUUUGUGUAUAUAGUUAAGAGAACAAAAGAGAUAAAAUAGAAAAUAAAUUCUUUGCAAAUUUUUGCGCUAAUUAUAUAUUCCCGUUUAAAUUGGAUUUGCUUUUAAAUCUGUAUAAUUGCGUUCUAAAAUUAUUCAUUAUGCGAAUAGUUCUUUUUUCGUCAAUAUAUGUCCACUUCAGUUUCACAUCUAGCUUAAAGGUCAUUUCCAAAGCACUCAAACAACAAUGUUUAAAAACCCUGACACCAAAACCUAUAUACAAAUGACAUACAGGCGAAAUAUAAAUCACCAGAGCCUAGACCAGCUGUGAAAUUGCAUUUAACAAAAUCGAUAUAAUAUUUCAGGUCAAAUUACAGUUAAUGGUCUAUUUUACAGAUUUUGAUAAAAUUUGGCAUACAAUUUUGGCUCGUUGAACUUUAAAAUGAAAAUCGAAAAAAUAAUUCAUUUAUGAUUGUUAUCCUCUGACAUAAUACUUGUUAAAUUCUAUCAAAAUAGAUGAACAUUAAAAAAAGAAAAAGAAAUCAUCAAAUCUCCAAUAUCAAAUCCAUCAAUUUUCCUUAUAAUAUUAUGUUGUCAAUACAUAAAUUUCCGUUUUAACGAUGUAACAAAUAAUAAUAGUUAUCAACUGUGUUUUCAAGAUAUUCUUGGUUAAAAGUGGUGUUCUAGGUGAAGAAAUACCACAAAACGUCAAAAUAAGAGUAACGUUAUCGCGCUGUCAGCCGUAUAACGUCGAUUUUUCUACGUUUUUACUACCAACUAGGUAACAGAUUAGUUGAUACAUCUAAAACGAAGUCGGUGACCAUCUGAUUAUUUCAUAUUAUUAAAGCGGAAAUUAAUGUUACACCAACAUAUAGUGUUUAAGAAAAACUAUGGAUUUGAAAUCGGAGAUUUUUAGAUUUUAAGACAAAUUUAAGAACGUUUUACGCCAAUGUUAUUAUAAAUAAGAUAACGCGAGUAAAUGGUCGUUUUUGGUAAAGCCUUCGAUUAUAUCUAUUUUGUCUACAAAAAUAUGUGUUAUAUGGUAAUAUUUGGUCAAAUAUGUCAAUUUCACCAUGUUUUGACGUCAUUAUGAAAUUACAUAUGACUUUUAUACUAACAUGUUCAUUUAUUUAUAGAAUGCACAUAAGCUUUUUAAUAUCAAAUAAUCUAACUUUUUGCAAUUUUAGAAGCAAAAUUAGAUAUGACAAACAGCCUUGAGCUAGAAUAUAUUAAAAUAAUAUUUCUCUAAUUCUUACACAAUUUAUCCUUUUCCUGUCAUGUUAAUUAUUUUUAUCUCGUUUUAUCUCAGUUCUUCAUUGGUCAAAAUUCGAUUAUGACGUCAAAUUUUCUUGCUUUCCUCUGAAUUUCCUAUUGUGACGGCAUGAAAAAAGGCGACCAUGCCUGAUGACGUCACAUAGAAAGAACACAUCUUUUGCCGAUCAUUUUUAAAGAAGGAAUAAGUUUGCUUGCAUAUUGCAUAAAAAUCAUUAGAGAAACAGAUUCCACCACCAAAUCUCAUGUAAAACUUUGUAAUCUUAAAAAUUGCUGAUCCUAUAGAAAUGCAUUUAUAAAUAUUGACAACAUUUGAGAUCUUUAAAAGUUUCGUUAGGUCUAAUAUUGUAUUUUUGCAAAUAAUAUAUUUCAAUUACUUCUGUAAUAUUUUACAUACUGCAAUUGCAUUUAUAUUAUAAAGCAUCUUACGUUUUACAAAUGAUGCUUAUAUAAAACCCAACCCACAAUUGCAUGUUUAUUUAGAUAAUACCAAUUAAAAGGGAAAAAAAAUUUAAUUAAAACAUAU